AUGAUUUUAGCGUGGAGACGCAUUUAUUUUUUCCCAGAUUUGAAGGCGUUUGAGCGCAGGUUAACGGAAGUUAUUGCUUGUCUUCAGCCAGCAGCUAUCAGAUGGAGGUUGGUACUUGCUGUAAUAUCAAUAUUCACUUCAGUCGGAGCAUUUCACUGGUUGACUGACAAUGAAACCUCCAGUGUCUCUUUUACACAGUCGCUAUGCAAUCAUCCGUACUUCACUUUAUCCAGCUUAAUUUUGAUUAUUUUAUUCAUCUUUGGAAUCCACAAAAGAGUCAUAGCUCCAUCCAUCAUCACUGCCCGCACUAAAAGUGUUCUUGAGGAUUUUAAUAUGUCGUGCGAUGAUACUGGCAAAUUGAUUCUGA